AUGUAUGACGAUCAUCAUGUGACUGCCGAUUUUUUAUGGCCUAUUGAUGAAACUUUCAUUUCUUGGUUUAAUAUGUCAAAUUAUCUAACUGCAGAAUAUCCAGAGAAGAUUGUUAGUUUAUUAAAUGAAACUGACCAAAUGAUUGCCGCUCCAAACCUGAGGAUUGCUUAUAUUAGAAGUUGUACGGUAUUAAAAUAUGGAUGGGCAAAGUAA